GGCACGGCUUGGCACGGGCGUCUUUCCCUCGCUGUGUCUGGGCUGCGGAGCUUCUCCGGGCGGGCGUUGAGGCGCUCGGCUGCACGAUGUUUCUCCACUCGGUCAACCUCUGGAACCUGGCGUUCUAUGUCUUCAUGGUGUUUCUGGCGACCCUGGGGCUGUGGGAUGUCUUCUUCGGCUUCGAGGAGAACAAGUGCAGCAUGAGCUACAUGUUCGAGUACCCCGAGUACCAGAAAAUAGAGCUUCCAAAGAAACUGACAAAGCGUUAUCCAGCAUAUGAGUUAUAUCUUUAUGGAGAAGGAUCAUACGCUGAAGAACACAAAAUUCUCCCUUUGACAGGAAUUCCUGUUCUCUUUCUUCCUGGUAAUGCUGGAAGCUAUAAGCAAGUUCGUUCUAUCGGCUCCAUUGCACUUAGGAAAGCAGAAGACAUUGACUUCAAGUACCACUUCGACUUCUUUAGUGUCAACUUCAAUGAAGAGCUGGUGGCAUUGUAUGGUGGAAGCCUGCAGAAGCAGACCAAGUUUGUACACGAAUGCAUUAAAGCAAUUCUCAAACUCUACAAGGGUCAAGAAUUUGCUCCUACAAGUGUGGCAAUAAUUGGUCACUCUAUGGGUGGCCUUGUUGCCAGAGCAUUGCUUACACUGAAAAAUUUUAAACAAGAUCUGAUCAAUCUUCUUGUUACACAAGCUACUCCUCAUGUGGCUCCUGUGAUGCCGUUAGAUCGGUUUAUUACAGAGUUUUAUAUGACUGUAAACAAUUAUUGGAUCUUAAAUGCUCGGCACAUAAAUUUGACUACACUUUCUGUGGCUGGAGGAUUCCGGGAUUACCAAGUUCGUUCAGGACUGACUUUUCUACCAAAAUUAAGCCAUCAUACCAGUGCAUUAUCUGUUGUGAGUUCAGCAGUGCCUAAGACCUGGGUCUCAACAGACCACCUCUCCAUUGUGUGGUGUAAACAAUUGCAGCUGACUACAGUUCGAGCGUUCUUUGAUCUUAUUGAUGCUGAUACCAAACAAAUAACUCAAAAGGCUAAGAAGAAAUUGUCUGUUUUGAAUCACCAUUUUAUAAGACACCCAGCUAAACAGUUUGAGGAAAAUCCGUCCAUAAUUUCUGACCUAACAGGGACAUCUAUGUGGGUUCCAGUAAAAGUGUCCAGAUGGUCCUAUGUGGCUUAUAAUGAAUCUGAUAAGAUUUACUUUGCAUUUCCUCUUGCAAAUCAUAGAAAAAUCUACACUCACGCCUAUUGUCAGAGCACCAUGCUGGAUACAAAUAGUUGGAUAUUUGGCUGCAUAAACAGCACUUCCAUGUGCCGGCAAGGGGUUGAUUUGUCAUGGAAAGCUGAACUGUUGCCAACAAUUAAGUAUCUGACGCUAAGACUUCAAGACUAUCCAUCCUUGUCACAUAUUGUUGUCUAUGUACCAUCCGUCCACGGAAGCAAGUUUGUUGUAGACUGUGAAUUCUUUAAGAAAGAAGCAAGAUCCAUACAGCUUCCUGUAACUCACCUUUUUUCCUUUGGAUUGUCUUCCAGAAAGGUGAUACUAAAUACAAAUGGACUAUACUACAAUAUAGAGCUGCUGAACUUUGGACAGAUAUACCAAGCUUUUAAAGUCAACGUGGUCAGCAAGUGCACUGGAAGCAAAGAAGAAAUAACUAGUAUCUAUAAACUUCAUAUUCCCUGGUCUUAUGAAGAUUCACUAACCAUUGCACAGGUUCCAUCUUCCACAGACAUUUCUCUGAAGCUUCAUGUUGCUCAGCCAGAAAAUGACAGCUAUGUGGCACUGUUAAAAAUGUACACAUCGUCAGACUGUCAGUAUGAGGUGACAAUUAAGACUUCCUUUCCACAAAUACUUGGACAGGUGGUUAGGUUUCAUGGUGGAGCUCUUCCUGCCUACGUUGUAUCUAGCAUCCUUCUUGCCUAUGGAGGACAGUUAUACUCUCUCCUCUCGACAGGUUAUUGCUUAGAAUAUUCUACCAUAUUGGAUAAAGAAGCCAAACCAUACAAAGUUGACCCAUUUGUAAUUAUGAUUAAAUUUUUGUUGGGGUAUAGAUGGUUUAAGGAAUUGUGGGAUGCAGUGUUAUUACCGGAAUUAGAUGCCAUCGUUUUGACUAGUCAGAGUAUGUGCUUCCCUCUCGUGUCCUUGAUUCUCUUUCUGUUUGGAACGUGUACUGCAUACUGGAGUGGUCUACUCUCUUCUACAUCCGUGCAGCUUCUUUCUUCAUUGUGGCUAGCUCUGAAAAGACCUGCAGAACUUCCUAAAGAUAUCAAGGUGAUGUCACCAGACUUGCCUGUGUUGACAGUUGUCUUUCUCAUAGUGAGUUGGACAACUUGUGGAGCCCUUGCCAUACUUCUGUCUUACCUGUACUAUGUGUGUAAGGUUGUUCAUCUGCAAGCCAGCCUAACAACAUUUAAAAAUAAUCAGCCAGUGAAUCCCAAACACUCUAGAAGAAGUGAAAAAAAGUCCAACCACCAUAAAGACUCUGCUGUACAAAAUCUUCGCCUAUGCGCCAAUGAUGCUGAAGACAGCCUGCGCAUGCACAGCACCGUGAUUAAUUUGCUGACGUGGGUUGUGCUGCUCAGCAUGCCAUCUCUGAUCUAUUGGUUAAAGAACCUUAGGUAUUAUUUUAAACUUAGUCCUGACCCAUGCAAACCCCUGGCAUUUCUCCUUAUUCCAGCUAUAGCGAUUCUCGGGAACACUCACACGGUUUCAAUAAAGUCAAGUAAAUUGCUGAAGACCGCCUCCCAGUUCCCACUUCCUCUGGCUGUUGGUGUGAUUGCUUUUGGCUCCUCCCACUUAUACAGGGUCCCGUGUUUUGUGAUCAUUCCUCUUGUAUUCCAUGCGUUAUGCAACUUUAUGUGAGACUGGACUUAAAGGAGGAGAACGGUUCAUGUCUUUCGGACCAGUGACACAGUGAACAUGCAGCUCCUCCGCCAGGAGCAGUGAGAUCCUCUAGAGAAGACAAGUCUAUUUUUACAGUAUUGAAAAUAGGAAAUUAGUUUUGUAAUGCUUGAGGGUAGUAGUUGGGGCAUGGUUUCAGUCUGUGGUGUAGUCUGUGUACUUGUCAUAUCUGAGGAAUUAGUGAAGGGAUAUGGUGGCCUGUCUUAAGGACUCCUGUACAUACCAACUAGCUUUCAUUGGCCGUCCCAGGGACCUUCUGCAGACCUGUAGAUGCAGUGCUGUGUGCAAUAUAAGUGAGACUUACCCUAGUUUCAUCAGACUUUGUUUUGAAAAGUGGGUUUUAUAUCUGUUAUAAUUUUCAUAUUCAAAGCUAAGUCUUAAAAGAUUGUUAAAAGUGGCCAUUGUUUUCUCAGAAGUAAAAUAGUCAUGGAGGAGAGUGGUCAGUUUUUGGCAGCCAUGGUGGGCAACGUUAGAUCCAUCUUCUUACACCUGUGAAGAAGAACCUCAGACUAAAGGGAGGCUUUAUGUUAACCGCUGCAAUUCAGAUUCAAAACAGUGACGUUUUCAUGAGCCUUCAAAUAUGAGUCUUACUGUGUGUACGUGAUGAAGAUGAGAAGCAUGGAAGAGAUUUCAAAAGUCCUAUUAUCACAAGAAUGUUCUUGCAGAGCCUGCAUUGGCACAGUCGUCUCUGCCCCUGACUUAAAUCCUUGCCCCAGUGGCUGCCAGAAGUGCCUGCAGCAGCGGAAGGUUAUUAAAGGGAGAACACCAGAGACUGAGACAACUCCGGGUUUGCAUCAUUUGUUUGUCUACUGCGGAGGAAGGGUCUCAGCAUAAAUACAACAUUGCACCUGAUGUACAGAGCUAUGUACUAAUAGAGGAGGAGUGGGCAGCCGUUCCUGCAUUAGUACUGAAAAUGCGAGCACUGCCUGAAGAGACGGCACACCACAUCACUCAUUAAGAUGAGAAUCUUGGUUUGUAGAGGUGCCUCUGAGACUACAGUUUUGCCAUGGGGGGGAGCGGGGGUAACAUUUGAUUUCAUUUCCAAUUAUAGUUCAUUCUUAGCUACAGAAAAAUAGGAAGGUCAGUAGCUUGAAGAAUAUAGUUGCUCUUUGCCCUCAGUUAGAGUAAACUCAAGCUGAGUCAGACCUGUGUCGUAGAACCCUUCACUGAGACGUGUGUUCUGUAAAUGCCUGUAAGCCUUUCUCAUGAAGUCCUCCAGUGUUAGCGAAUUCACAGUUGUACUUGUGAACUGAUGUCCUUCUCGGUACCCAGGAACGGUCCGAAGAGAAUCAGCUUUGUUUUAUCAGCUGUUACACCCUCCAGGUGUCACAGCCUCUCAGCUACUACUGCCAACCAGAGGGCUACGCCCACCUCAGCCUGGAUCUUUCCUUCUUCGGCGUUAGUCAGAGAGUUAAGUUAUUACCACAGAAGUUAGUUUGUAUGAUUCUGUCGCUGUCUGACUGGCAUCAUGCUUGUUAAGUAUUUAUAUUUUCACUUAUUAAGACUUUUAAAGGAAAGCUGUUGUACUAGACAUGGCAGACCCUUUAAUCUCUUAUUUUAGAAGAUUGUCAAAAGGAAUAAACUAUACUGUAGUGUUUAUUGAGUACCUGAGAGUGAGUCCAUUGUAUAAUUAUGAUUUUCUCGUGGCACAACAUGUUUUAUCUAAGUAGGGAUGUAUCUGCUCUGAUUUUGCUGGAAAUGUGUGACCUUUCUGCACAUCUGUCUUUCAUUCUAUCAGUGAUACUAUAGACGUGUCUCAACUUAGUGGCAACUGAACACUUUAACUUUCUGAACUUGAGCAUACAUCUACACAUAGAAAGAACUUUCCAAAAUUUGGUGUUAGACUUUUUGAGAGCCAUGAUUAUUUAUUUAUGAGAUCUAAAGUCUCCCUGCUUAUCCAAUACUGUUCAUGGAUAAGAUGUAUCAAGCUUGAUUUCUUACUCAUGAGUAAUUGUUAUUAAAGCACAUUAAUUCUCACAACAAUAUUUUUGUCUGAAAGAGCUAAUUCCCUAAGCCCUUAAAGUCUUAUUUAUGCCAGAAAAAUAUUUCAAAUAAUAUUAGUGUGGGUCUUCAGCCAUUUGCCACACAUACUCACAGAUCCACACGUACACAUAAACACAGAUGGGCAUGCUUUGAUAGAGUCGUCAUCAAGCAUUUAGACACAGAAAGCUAGGUAGACUCUGAUCAGGAAAUUAUCUCAUGGAAACAUCACAUACUUUUACCUAUCAUGUUUACAUGGAUAUUAGUUAUGUUAGAGAUUAAUACAGCACAUUUUUUGAGUUCUACUGUUGUCAUUUUUUUUUUUAAGAAAUUGAGUUUUGGGGUAAAUGUACUUAUUUAACAACUGGGUUCUUGCUUAUAAAUAGAUUGGGUGUAUAUCAGACAGUUAAUCUGUCUGAUUAUUGAGUGCUAAGUAAUUUUAAAUGCCCUCAUAGAUUAUUGCUAUUAUAAUUUAGACCUGAUAAUUUUUUUGAAGAUUCUUUUGUGUGUGCAGGUGCUCAUUGUGGCCAACAGAGGGUAGCUACAGGUGGGUUGUGAGUUGCUGGAUGUCAGUGCUAGGAACCAAACUCAAAUCCUCCAGAACAGCAAGCACUCUGAACUAAGCCUUCUCUCCAGCCCCUGGACCUGAUAAAUAGAUAGAAAUUGCUAUUGCAAUUGUGUGUCUGUGUGUGAGCGUACCAGGAAUUGAAUCUGGAGCCUGUGUAUGUUAUAUUCUCUACUAUUGAGUAAUAGUUUGUCUGGAUUAAUUUCAUGCCAAAAUUAAGUAAAUUUUACUCUUUUCUUGGUUAUCACUAUAAUGAAAACUUGUAAAGAAACCACUUACGCUUGAUGAACACUGAUUUUUGAGGAGUUCUCAAUGAUAGCACUGAUGCUGCCCUAUACCUUUAUUGAUCAUGUAUUGAUUGGUGUUUUAAAUCUUUUUAUAUUUUAGUUAUGUAAUUUCAGAUGUCUAUGAAGGGACACUUUUUAUUGAGUGAUCUACAAUAGUAUCUUUAUAAUUAUCACACAUGUUAACAUGACAUGUUUUCACAGUGCUCACAGACUCACCCAAGGCUUAUUGUCUUAUUCAUUAUCAAGUCCUUUCUUUAGCCCAUUCCUCUUUUCACUUAGAGCAUAAUGUGUUCAUUUCUGCGGAGGAUGCUGGAGUGGAGGGAAGCAGAGCUUGGAUUUUAGUUCUUGAAAGCUGCAGGGGGAAGCUGCACCUGGGAGGUCAGCCUGGAGAGACGGCUCAGACAGCCAUGUGCCUGCGGUACAGGCAUGAGGACCCAAGUGGAGACUGCCAGAAUCCGCGUGAGAGACUGGCUAACUAGUGCAUGCCCAUAAUCCUAGCACUGGGGCGGUGGAUCAGAUAGAGCUUCAGGGCUUGCUGGUCAGCCAGCCUGGCCUUAUGACCAAGCUUCAGGCUUGGUGGAGAUCCUGUGUCAAAGAAUAAAGUGGAAAGGGUGACCCCACCCAGCAUUGACCUCUGCCCUCCCCCUGUACCUUCAUGUAUACACACGGGUACACACACACAAGAGGUGAGGACCCACAAAUAUCCUGAGGUAAACUAGAACAGUUGAUUCCAUAAUCAUGGGAUACAUCUGGUGCCUCAUGUCUUUCCUUAGGCAGGUCUGAAUCAGGGUAUUGCCCUGCAUUAUUUGGUUUGGUGCAAACUUUUAGAAUGCUGUAUUUGAAUAUAUAGGAAGUGGUUCUAAAAAAUCAUUUGGGAAAAAAUCUAAAAGCCUGUCAAUGACCUUGGAUAGCUAUGUUUUUGUUGAUUGUUUUUCAUCCGUGUGGAAGAUUUGUGAAUUUGUAUAUCAUAGGAAACAAGACUAGGAAGUUUGUUGAGGGUCACAGUCCACUUGGGGAGUUUGCCAGAGUAAAGGGAACCAUCAGAGUUCCUGUGUUUAAGACAUUGCUUCCAGGAAAGCUUCCUUACCAGGUAAAGGAAUUCUAGGACUCACUCUGCAAACUGUAAGGUUGAGAGCUGAACAGGAAGCAUAAUUCUGUGACUAUCUACUCUUUCAACAUAAGGCUUACUGGUGUGUGAGGACAUGUGAAAGUUCUAGUCCCCACACAUUCCUAACUUCAGAGGAUGAUAGGAAAUGGAAGUCAGAUCAGCAGUCCAAAUGUGCUAUAAAUGCUUAAACUUCUGCAAUUGUGAAAACAUACUGCGAAUAAAUAAAAACAGAAUUGUAUAUGUUGGUAACUUGGUUGUGAGAACAGAGUAAGAUUUGGAAAUGCUAAUGAUAGACAUGCUGUUACUCUGUUAAUACUGUAAAUGUGGCAGUGCAGCAAGGGUGACCAUGUGUCUCAGAGUUGGCAAUGCCAUCUAAGCUACAACGUGAUCAAUGUGUGUGAAUAAUAAUUUUAAAAUCAAGAACAGUUUUUUUUUUUCUUAAGUGCUUGGCUUGUUACGUCGUCAAAAAACAUAUAUACUAAGAGACCAGUUAAUCUCUGAUGACUUGAUGUAAGAUUGGUAUCUUGAGUCAGAAUCAACCUGUAAUCAUCCUGUACAUUGUUGAUUUGAGCAUCAGUGGGAAACUAUAUCCUCUGGUGUUUAGCUAGCAUGUUAUGUAAGCUUUGCAUAUCUGAAUUCUAAUCUUAGUCUAAGAAGCCUAUGGAGAGCCAUUUUGUAAAGUUCAUGUGCUAUUUUAAAUGUUUUUAUUUUUAGUAUUUGUAAGGUAAUGAUGUUACUAUGAUAAAAGUUUGUAGACACCAGGUAGCACUAACUAGAGUACUAACUGCUCUAGAGCUGGGCAGACAGUGUAUUUUGUAUUUCAUGUGUACUUUUUCUGUUUCAUAUUGGACUUUUUACAUCCCUUUUUUAGGAAAAAAAAGAUACAUUUAAAUUCUUUUUAGGGUAAUCUGUAUUGAAAACUAAGUAUUCUCAAGGUUGGCAACAUACUUUACCACCAAAGCUAAAUGAAACUGUAAUAUACCUCUGGAUAUUUGUGCCAAUGAACUUUUCUUAGUAAUUUGGGGUUAAAAAAAAAGUAAUCUUUUCAGUAUUUUUCAUCUAGGACUCACAAUAAAUGUGGAUAUCAUGAAAACAUGUUCCAUACUCUGUUUUUCUUUGAAAAUUUUCAAAGAUUUAGAACAGUGCAUUCUGUGUUCUUUUGUAUCUGGUUUCCUGACAUUGCUGAUGGAUCCACUCAGUGGUAAUCUUUUAGCAGUUAAUUGAGGUAAUCAUUUGUAGUAAUCUGACUUUGGCUUCUUUUGUGGUGUAAAAAAAAAAAAAAAAAAAAAAAAAAAAAAAAAAAAAAAAA